AACAUUCAGAAGGAGUCUACCCUUCACUUGGUACUUCGUCUCCGUGGUGGUAUGCAGAUCUUCGUAAAAACCCUGACUGGCAAGACCAUCACACUUGAGGUUGAACCAUCAGACACCAUUGAGAAUGUGAAAGCAAAAAUCCAGGACAAAGAGGGAAUUCCACCAGAUCAGCAACGUCUCAUCUUCGCUGGAAAACAACUUGAAGAUGGCCGAACACUGUCUGACUACAACAUCCAGAAGGAGUCUACCCUUCACUUGGUACUUCGUCUCCGUGGUGGUAUGCAGAUAUUCGUAAAAACCCUGACUGGCAAGACCAUCACACUUGAGGUUGAACCAUCAGACACCAUUGAGAAUGUUAAAGCAAAGAUCCAGGACAAAGAAGGAAUUCCACCAGAUCAGCAACGUCUCAUCUUCGCUGGAAAGCAACUUGAAGAUGGCCGAACACUGUCUGACUACAACAUCCAGAAGGAGUCUACCCUUCACUUGGUACUUCGUCUCCGUGGUGGUAUGCAGAUAUUUGUAAAAACCCUGACUGGCAAGACCAUCACACUUGAGGUUGAACCAUCAGACACCAUCGAGAAUGUGAAAGCAAAGAUCCAGGAC